AUGUUCUGUUUACAUUAUGUUUACUUGCCUAGAAUUAAUCAACAUCUUCAUAAUUUUAUAAUGUCUUGGAAUGACCAUCGUAUCCGAACAGCAGGAAACAAAUAUCCAAAUCAGCUGUGGAUAUUGGGACUUGUUCAGGCAAACAUAAAUGCAUUAAUAGCAGGAACACAAUCAGGUGCAUCUUCUCAGGAAUGGAAUGAAUAUGGGAUUGACUGUGAUGCACCACUUCCUAAUAAGCCUGGGGAUGAUGAAACUCUUGCUUUUGAAGUUACAAAUAAUCCAUUGUCGGAAAGUGACUUCCAGGAAUUUGCUCAAUUGGUACACCCGUUAAGGGGUGAUGACUGCUAUGGAAUUACUAUAUACUUGGAAGCAUGUGCUCUUGUAUCAGAAAGAUUGCAUCCAGAAUAG